AACCCAACGGUCGCAGAUAAACAGAGGUCUCUCAGAGGAAGGAAGACAGACGAGCGAACGAAUAUAUCGGGCUUUAUCGCAAUUCACCGCAUCGAAACGCGUUUAUGGUUCUCCGUUAAAACUUUUAAGAUCCCACUCUGCUUGAAUACCUGUCAAUCUGCGUCAAAACGCAUCCGAGAAGUUUUAACCCAUUUACUGAUGGACUGACAGACGGAUUCUCCUCAGACGACGCAAUCUAAACAAUUCACACUUUACCUCGUUCUCUCAAGAAAAAGCAUCGGUUUUCCCUUAGGAGGACUUCGAGUGGACAAUUAAGACAUGCAGAGCUGUGAGCAGCGUUGACCGGCGGUGCCUGGAGAAACAUGGAGCCUUGUGCCGAGUCUCAGGGAGAUCCUGAGAGAGCUCAGCAUCAUGCAGAGAGCAGAGAAAACCCUGUCACCCCAGCUGCCUUAAUGCCUGGUGAUGAUUCAGCGCUUCUGACCCCGGGAAGGAUGAGUCAGCGUGGGAAGGAGGCGGGGCUUCAGACGCCCAGUAAAGACCUGCUCACAAGCCCCUCCCUCAGCUACAGCCACGGUUUUGAUCGUGGCAGAGAAGAAAUCCUGCCUCAGAAAGAAGACUCCUCACACUCCAUCUCCAAGAGCAAGUCAGAAACCAAGCUCUAUAAUGGCUCAGAUAAAGAUGUAUCGGCGUCUGGAAACAAACUUAAUAAGAAGGAGUCACUCAAGGUGCAAAAGAAGAACUACAGAGAAGAGAAAAAACGCGCCGCUAAAGAGCUGCUCAGCACCAUCACUGAUCCAUCUGUCAUCGUCAUGGCCGACUGGCUCAAGAUCCGAGGCACACUGAAGAGCUGGACCAAGCUGUGGUGUGUGCUGAAGCCAGGAGUCCUGCUCAUCUAUAAAACCAAUAAGAACGGCCAGUGGGUCGGGACCGUCCUGCUCAAUGCCUGCGAGCUCAUCGAAAGACCCUCCAAGAAGGACGGCUUCUGCUUCAAGCUCUUCCACCCGCUCGAACAGUCCAUCUGGGCCGUCAAGGGUCCUAAAGGGGAAGCCGUGGGCUCCAUCACUCAGCCGUUACCCAGCAGCCACCUGAUCUUCAGAGCAGCUUCAGAAUCAGACGGCCGCUGUUGGAUGGAUGCUCUUGAACUGGCUCUGAAAUGCUCGAGUUUGCUGAAGCGAACGAUGAUCCGAGAGGGCAAAGAGGAGAUGACGCAGACCGCAGAGCACUCGCAAAUCAACUUCUACAGUCUGCUGAGGGCACACAACAUGCAGGGCUUUCAGUUUAACGACAGCGACCAGUUUAAGGAUCCGGACCUGUACUCGGAUAAAUCGGACCGUGAGAACGAGCAGGAGCAGGAGGAGUGGGACAACGAGGUGAUGGAGAAAAGUGAGGAGAGCGACAGCGACACGUCAGAGCGACAGGACGACUCGUACCUCGACCUGGAUCCCAACGAGACGCUGCGGGAAACGACGUACAUCGAGCAGAGCCACGAGGAGCUGGGAGAGGCAGGCGAAGAGUCCCAAACAGAAACGGUAUCAGAGGAGAAUAAAUCUCUGAUCUGGACUCUCCUGAAGCAGGUUCGGCCCGGCAUGGACCUGUCUAAAGUGGUGCUGCCCACCUUCAUCCUGGAGCCACGCUCCUUCCUGGACAAACUGUCCGAUUACUACUAUCACGCCGACUUCCUGUCCGAAGCGGCGGUGGAGGAAAACGCUUAUAACCGUCUGAAGAAAGUGGUCAAAUGGUACAUUUCUGGAUUCUACAAGAAGCCAAAGGGUUUGAAGAAACCGUACAACCCCAUUAUCGGAGAAACAUUUCGCUGUUUGUGGAUCCACACCAAGACCAACAGCAAAACCUUCUACAUCGCAGAACAGAUAUCCCAUCAUCCUCCGGUUUCAGCCUUUUACGUCAGCAACAGGAAGGAUGGCUUUUGUCUCAGCGGCAGCAUCCUGGCCAAGUCCAAGUUUUACGGAAACUCUCUGUCGGCCAUCUUGGACGGUGAAGCCAGGCUGUCGUUCCUGAACAGAGGAGAGGAUUACGUGAUGAACAUGCCCUACGCACACUGCAAAGGGAUCCUGUACGGGACGAUGACUCUGGAGAUGGGCGGUCAGGUGUCCAUCACCUGUGAGAAGACGGGCUACAGCGCUCAGCUGGAGUUCAGACUCAAGCCGUUCCUCGGCAGCAGUGAUAGCGUGAAUCAGAUCAGCGGGAAGAUCAAGCUCGGGAAGGAGGUGCUGGCGACACUUGAGGGGCACUGGGACAGUGAAGUCUUCAUCAGUGAUAAGAAGACGGGUGAGAUGGAGAUGUUCUGGAACCCGACGCCGGAGCUGAGACAGAGCCGUCUGAUCCGCUGCACCGUCCCUCCUGAAGAACAGAGCGACUUUGAGUCCGAGAGGCUGUGGCAACAUGUGACUCGGGCCAUCAAUAACAAGGACCAGACGGAGGCGACCAAUGAGAAGUUCAUCCUGGAGGAGGCUCAGAGGAAGGCGGCCCGUGAGCGCAAGGCCAAGUGUGAGGAGUGGAUGCCCGCUCUGUUCGAUCAGGACCCGGCCACCGGAGAGUGGCAUUACCGCUACGCCGACACUCGUCCGUGGGAUCCGCUCAACGAUCUGAUUCAGUUCGAGAAAGACGGCUGUAUUCAGACCAAAGUGCGCCACAGGACGCCUAUGGUACGUUCUGCCAGUGUAGUUAGUCUCAGUACCCAGCAGGGCUCCCGGAGGGACAAUUACCUGAGCCAGGUGACGGGACCCAAGCGGAAACAUAAGAGUGACAAACCUAAAAGUCCAGAAAGUGGCUGCUCGUCUCCAGAGCCGGACCGCCAGGACUCUUCAGGCAGCGAGAGGCACAAGAGCAAACACAACAGCCGCCUCCGAAAGAAAGGAACAGAUCUGAGUGAAAUCCAAAGUGCCAUUGAGUCGAUCAGACAAACACAGGAAGACAUUAACAGGAGCGUCAACACUUUGAGGAGUCGAGUGGCGAGUCAGUCGUCGACAGAAAGUUCAUUCCUGACGCAAAGAGACGUGGCCAUCAUCCUCUUCCUCAUCUUCCUCCAGGUCCUCCUCAACUUCAUCUUUAAGUAACGGUCGAGAAUGACCCAGAAACCUCACUCCAUCCUUCAGUCAGUAUCGCCUCGCCACACUGACGGUUUCGUUUUUUUAUGGAUUUGUGUUGCGAUCGCUGCGAAAUGACGGCCAAUAUUGGAUUGAAGUGCAUUGUGGGAUGUUUUAGAAAUGACUGUUUACUUUUAUUCCUCACUAAGAGAAAAUCUCAUCAGCCUCUGAACCAUUUAGGCCAUUGUUUUAAUUGAAUUUUAUAAUAUUUUUACCCUUCAUCAGCGCCCCCUGCUGUAGCGGAGGAUGUAAGUUGAUUACAAGCAAAAUUUUAUAAAAUCUAGAUCACCCCCAGCCCAAAUUAUGGAAAAAUAUAUAUAUAAAUAUAUAUAAUAUUGCUUAACAAAUCCCCUAUUCUACACAUUUGGUUUCUAUUUGUUUAACCUUUAUGAAUUUGUGUUGUGAUUGUUGCGAGAGGACGGACAAUAUUGCGCUGAAGUGCAUUGUGGGAUGUUUUAGAAAUGACUGUUUACUUUUCAAAACGAGGAAAUCACAUCAGCCUCUUAACGAUUUAGACCAUUGUUUUAUUAAUUGUAUUCAUUUUUAUCCCCCAGCAGCGCCCCCUGCUGUAGCGGAGGACACUUGAUGAUAUAAAAACAAAUUAUUAUCAAAUCCAAAUAAUUUUUUUCCUCUUAAAAUUGGUAAAAAUGUCUUUUACCUAACAAUAACCCUGUUUUACAUAUUUUGCAUUGUGAUGUUAUUUUCAUGACACAAACAAAACAUUUUACCCCAGAUUCUCAUGACCUAAGUGCAAAAAAACAAUCUCGUUCUCACUGUUAUCCCCAAAAA